AUGAGAAAACCCCUCGACGGCGGGUCCUACGGCUGGACUGUUUACGCGCCUGAAAGAUACAUCAAGUCCCACAAUCUCUUUGUAUUUAAGUUCAAGGAGCAUCGGGAUGACCAUGCAUAUGAUCCGACGUCCUGGGAGUAUCCGAGUACGCCGUUUUCUAUAUAUUCAGCCGCCGGAUCUUCAUCUUCCACGAGCUCCACGUCUUUCGCUACUCUCACUUGGAGCUCAUCGCUCCGGAGUAUGACGGGUACAUCGACUUCCGAUGGUACGGAUAUAGCAAGUACGCCCACGGUGCCCAUUGUACCUCAGCCAUCUAGCACCGAUUGCGUCCCGGAGUUUCAUCGAAUCAAAAUUGCUAGUAAAAUUGCAGGCGCUGUUGGUGGGAGCUUGGCGGGGGGUGUAGCAAUCAUGCUGGUAGUCUACUUUAUCCGACGAAGAUACAGAAAGACUCCAAAGCAUGUGCCUAUCUCUGCGUCGGAAGAUGCGAUGAAAGAUGAUUCAGGAACAAAUACGACGCCUCUGAUGGCGGCAACGAGGCCAACGCGUGAGAUUCAUAUGGGUAAUGAUCUACCGGAGUGGGUACCGCCGAGGUAG